AUGGAGAAGAGGAUGGCCCAGGAAGUCCCGGCCGACUCUCUCGGUGACGAGUGGAAGGGAUACGUCUUCAGGAUCACUGGAGGAAACGACAAGCAGGGUUUCCCCAUGAAGCAGGGAGUCCUCCUCCCCCACCGAGUCCGACUCCUCCUUGCCGACGGUCACUCGUGUUACCGAGCCCGACGAGACGGCGAGCGAAAGAGGAAGUCGGUCCGAGGUUGCAUCGUCAACUCCGACAUUGCCGUCCUCUCCGUCGUCAUCGUCAAGCAGGGAGACAACGAGAUCCCCGGUUUGACCGACACCGUUUUGCCCAAGCGUCUCGGACCCAAGAGGGCCACCAAGAUCAGGAGGUUCUUCAACUUGAGCAAGGACGACGACGUCAGGAAGUUCGUCAUCAGGCGUGAGGUUACCGGCAAGGCCGAGGGUGCCAAGCCUUACACCAAGGCUCCCAAGAUCCAGAGGCUCGUCACCCCCAUGAGGUUGCAGAGGAGGAGGCACUUGAGGAGCUUGCAGAAGAGGAGGACCUUGGCUCAGAAGGAGACUAUCUCGGAGUACCACGCUUUGGUUCACAAGCGUGCCGCCGAGAAGAAGGAGCACAACGCUGCCGUCAAGGCCGCCCACAAGAAGUGA